UGAUAACUGCUUCUCACCUGCAGCUGUCACCACCAUGAGCUACACACCGCCAGACCUCAAGACCUUCGCUGGUGCAUUUCCACCCACUAGAAAGCCUCUUCAUGGACGCACCGUCACGCUUCAACCCAUUCAAGAAUCUCACUUUGCUGAACUAUACGCUUGUCUAGAUGUCGCCAACUUUCACACAUCGCCCAUUUGGCGCUAUGUUCCUUAUGAACCAGUCGACAGCUACGCUGACUGGGUCAAGCUUGCCACGCAGCUGAUUCACGCCGAGCCAAAUUGUUACUACACAGUCUUGCUAAAUCAUGCCAAGCCCGUUGGCAUGGCAGCUCUGAUUGAAGUGCAGCCCAAGAUUGGCAAUGCUGAAGUCGGUGCCCUCUUAUUCUCUCCAGCCAUGCAACGCACAACAGCAAGCACGGAGACUGUGUAUCUACUGCUCAAGCAUGCAUUUGAGGAUCUCGGUAAUCGACGUGUUGCUUGGAAAUGCCACAGUGAGAAUGAAGCGAGCAAGCAAGCAGCAGCCAGGUUUGGCUUUCAGGCGGAAGGCGUUUGGCGAAAUCACUAUCUCGUUCAUGGCAAGAAUCGAGAUUCUGCUUGGUUUAGCAUGAUUGAUACGGAGUGGCUGCAACGGAAGCGUGCAUUCGAGUCGUGGCUCGAGCCGGAUAACUUUGAGGAUGGCAAGCAGAAGAGGCGUCUGCAGGAUGUCUAG